GUCUCGAGUUUCGACUCAGUGAGUCAUUUCGAAUGAGCAUUGAGUCGUUUAUAGUGAAAUACAUAAUAAAAUCCAUCGUUUGCUACUUAUGCUAUACCUUCAUCUUCUUCUUAUUAUUGAUUUUAUUUUCUGUUUGUUUUUUCAUUCUUCUUGUUCUUCUUCUUCUUGCCAUAGUCGAUAUUUUGUUUUUCGCUGAUUUUUUCAGAAAUCUGUAUUUGUUUUAAUACCUCAAAGAAAAAAAAGUACAGAGACGUUAAGUAAGGAAGAAUGUUUUACUCUCAUCAGCUUUUAGCUCGCAAAGCUCCGCUUGGUCAGAUAUGGAUGGCCGCUACUAUGCACGCAAAAAUCAAUCGAAAGAAGCUGGACAAGCUGAACAUCAUUAAAAUCUGUGAAGAGAUUUUAAAUCCCUCCGUACCAAUGGCACUUCGACUCUCAGGAAUUCUAAUGGGUGGAGUUGUGAUUGUUUAUGAACGAAAAGUGAAGCUUCUUUAUGAUGAUGUCACUCGUUUUCUGGUUGAAAUAAAUGAAGCAUGGAAAGUAAAAUCUGCUCCUCGAGACCCUACUGUUCUUCCUAAAGGGAAAUCACAGGCCAAGAAAGAAGCAGUGACUUUGCCUGAGAAUCAUAAUGUUGAUGCGGGAGAUAUUGAGCAAUCUGUUAAUUUCUCCAAUGCUAAUACAGCAAUGGAGUUUCAAAGAACCGCCUAUUUUGCAAUGCAACUUGAUGAUUUGGAUGAGCCCUUUAUUAACAAUGAAUCCAGGGAGGAAGAUGUAUCCCAGCAAUUACAUCAAGCUGAUCCUGAAAAUAUUAAAUUAUAUGAACGCUUUGAUUUAUGCGAGUCGCACACAGAAAUGUUCAAUCGCUAUGAAAGAUUCGAUAUUCAAGAGGAUGAAACGCAGAUUAACUUCACCUCAGCAGAGCAUAUAGAAAUCCCAACGAGUCUUAUACCCUCUCCAACCAAACAGGAAGAAGCUCCAAGAGCAAAUGGCAUCCAAGACAACCAGACACAAAUCAGUUCUCAAGCAGAUGAAUGCAAGGUAGUCAUGCAGGAUCAACAGAGGCAAAGACCAACUACAAAGAGAACAAGAAAACAUGCCACCUUUGCUAUGGAUUUUGAACAGACCAUUAUUCCAGGUCCUACUUACCAGGCCUGGCUUCAAGAUGCUUCUGAUACUGUCUCGGGAAGAGGGAAAAAAAGGAAGGUACGCAGGGAUAUCAUGUCUACGAUGAAGGUCGCUGACAUGAUGAGGCUACCACCUCUGGUGCUUAUUGAUGAUCUAUCUACAAACGGAGGGAAAGAAAUAUAUUAUCCAGCACCUCUUUUGGAGCUUUGGAUGAGAAGCACCCAACCUCCUCAUGAUUCACCUUCUGCAAGAACUUCAGUACCUCUGCCCCCAGAACCAUCAUCCUCGUCUCCGCCAGGGAGAGCGGAUUAUCAAGAUCCACCAGAAUAUCCCUUCGAAGAUUUUCACAGUAAAGCCGGCUCUCAGUCGGUGGACGCCAGAGAAGAACUCCGCCAUACCAUAUUCAACGAAGAGAAGCCUCCGGAAAUCCUCAUAGGCAGAAGCAAACUUAUGAACAAUAGCAAGGCAACUGCGCCCAAUUUGGAAAAUUCUGGAAGCUCUGGAGAUAAAGUAAGAUCCAUUCCAAGCUCGGGAUCAGGACACGGAAUGCCAUUUCAUCUACCAGAAGUCCUUUCAGGAAGGAAAAGGCUUUUUUCGGGAUCUAAGCACAGCGGUAGUAGCCUUGAAGCUGUAGAAGAAGAGAGGCAGUACACUGAUGCAAAUUUCGAGCUAUCCAGGUUAACUGAGUAUGACCUAACUGAUACAGACCUAUUGGUAGAAACUGGACUCACCCAAACUCAACCUCGAAUCAUCAAUCCACCAGUCGACAAGAUUACUGAAACCAUCCGAAUGCAGCUGAAGUCACACUUUGAAACGCCAGGAGCCCCUGAAGUAGAAUCUUUGGACAAAUUAGCUUCUGGAAUGCUUCGAAAACAAGCAGCUACACUCUUUUACCAAACUUGUGUACUUGCUUCUCGGGGUUGCCUAAAAGUUGAGCAAAAAGUUCCAUAUGGGGAGAUUCUAAUAUCUAAAGGAAAAAUGUUGUGAUAUAAGCUUAUAAUUUUAAGUACAUACCAGAACUUAAAAUGCUGAAUUAUCAAAGUAGCAAAAAUUAUUAGAUCAAGAAGACAUUAUCUCUAGUUCUUUAGGGCAUUUACUGAUGUAUGCCUUUAUAUACCCACAUAUUUGCUGUUUGCUUACGGACUUCAUAUAGUUCAGAAAAUAUUAUUUUUUUCGAUUACGACCUACAGUUUGUAUUCAGAAUAUUAAUUGGUGAUAGAAAUUUCUUUGUUGUUGGUUACUAUUCAUUAUUUCCUUUCUCCUUACGACAUAGAUAAGUCUUAUAGAAAGGUGUUGAGUACUAAAAUUACUUGUUGAAAGGUCCCUUUUUCAAUGAUCUUUCAAGAGUUAGUUAAAUUGUCAUCGAGGAGUGGAUAUAAUAUGUCAUUCUAUGAUUGCAUUUUGUGAUUUUA